AUGUUCAGCAAAGGCUUGUUCUUUGCAGCCGGCGCCGCGUUCCUUGGACUGAGCUUGAGCCAAGCACUACCCCCUGGCCAUGCACUAUGUUGCGUUACCUCAGCUUGGGAUGAGGCUUCCAUAGCAGCCAAGGACUUCGUGUCCCAAUCAACGACAGUUGAAAAGAUUGGUCUCGUCACAGGAGGUUACUCGAGUCCCAAGCUCCCAUGCGUGGGUACGAUCGGAUCUAUCGAGCGGCUGGGAUUCGAUGGGGUGUGUUACUCGGAUGGACCUAGCGGGUACUCUCGUUCCGACGGUGUCAGCGUCUUCCCUGCUGGGAUCUCGACGGCAGCUACCUGGGACAAAGACCUCAUGUAUAGACGCGCUGUCGCCCUUGGAGAAGAGUUUAGAGCGAAGGGGGCUCACGUUCAUUUGGGCCCAUCUUCAGGACCUUUGGGACGCCACGCAACAGGAGGUCGUAACUGGGAAGGCUUUGGGCCCGAUCCUUAUCUGGCUGGAGUUGCCAUGAAUGCUUCAGUCAUCGGUAUUCAAUCCGUCGGCGUGCAAGCCUGCUCGAAACAUUUCAUAGGAAACGAGCAGGAAACCCAACGGACUUCGACUAUCAGCGACAACGGCACAACUAUUGAGGCAAUCUCUUCGGAUAUCGACGAUCGAACUCUUCACGAGCUGUAUCUAUGGCCAUUUGCUAAUGCAGUGAAGGCUGGGACAGCAAGCAUCAUGUGCUCCUACAACCGGGUUAAUGGAAACUAUUCCUGCGCCAACCCAGAGACUAUUUCGAUCCUGAAGGAUGAGCUGGCAUUCCCAGGCUAUGUAGUUUCCGACUGGUACGCUACUCACGAGACGCUGAGUUCCGCUAACUCCGGGCUGGACUUGGAAAUGCCGGGCAAUGCCAGUGCCGCGGCUGGGACCUCCUACUUUGGCGAUUCACUCCUCGACGCAGUCAACGGCGGCCUGGUCUCAGCAGACCGUCUCAACGACAUGGCGACAAGAGUCCUAACGCCGUAUUUUUUGCUUGGGCAAGACAAGGACUUUCCUUCCAUCGAUCCGUCUAGUGCAGCUGCGUUCUUGCGCUACCAGUAUGGCCAUCAGGUCCAACUCCCUUCGAGCUACCCGGAAGUCACUGCUCGCGAUGUCAGAGGCAAUCAUGCGGAGCUCAUCCGGGAGAUAGGCGCUGCGGGAACAGUACUUCUCAAGAACGUUAAUGGCGCCCUGCCUUUGACCGACGAACUCAAUAUCGGAGUUUUCGGCAAUGAUGCCCCUUAUCCCACCAUAGGCUCCGUCUUUCUUGAUAUUGGAACCCAGCCGGAGGGAUUCGAAAUGGGCACUGUCGAUAUCGGCGGAGGCUCUGGCACCGUUCGGCACACGAACUUGGUGAGCCCUUUCGAAGCUAUUCGGAAACACGUAGAGUCUACCGGUGGGCGAGUGCAAGCAUUGUUUGACAACGACGAGCUAGCGGAUGGCCGUUUCAGAACUAUCUACCCCGUGCCAGAUGUCUGCCUUCUCUUUCUCAAAUCCUACGCUACCGAGGGCCAAGACAGACAGUCUGCCGGGCUACAGUGGUCAGCUACGAAAGCUGUUGAGAACACCGCGGCGAUGUGCCCCAACACUGUCGUCAUCAUCCACGGACCUGGCGUGGUGGUCAUCCCGUGGGCGGACAACGAGAACAUAACGGCCAUCCUGAACGCUCAUUACCCGGGAGAACAGACGGGAAACUCCAUUGUUGAUGUUCUUUGGGGGGCUGUCGAGCCUUCAGGUCGUCUUCCCUAUUCCAUUCCGAAGAACGAGUCGGAUUACGGUCCAGCCAUUGUCAACUUGAUGGAACCUACCACCGACCCAGAUGCCUGGCACUCGCUCUUCGAAGAAAGGCAGAUGAUUGACUACCGGCACUUGGAUGCGAACGACAUUGAGCCUCAGUAUGAGUUUGGCUUUGGACUAUCUUAUACAGAAUUCGAGAUGGGAGGCAUUCUUGAGAUCAAGGUCGAUGCGAACAUCUCCUCCCUCGCGGAUGAAGCGAAUGGCGUUGAGCCAGGCGGACUGAGUGAUCUUUGGAAGGUGGUGGCCUCAACGUCGAUUCAGGUCACCAACUCGGGAGGCCUUGCAGGGUCAGCCGUGCCCCAGCUCUAUGUCUCUUUUCCAAGUUCUACAACACCCGAGGGAACGCCAGUCAAGGUUCUGAGAGGUUUCGAAAAGAUACAUCUUGAGGUCGGUGAAACCAAAUCUGUGGUCUUUCAGCUCAUGAGAAGGGAUUUGAGUUUUUGGGAUACGGAGAAGAAGCAGUGGACUAUUCCAAGUGGUAUGUUCCGCUUCAUGGCCGGCUUCAGUUCGAAGAAUAUCAUAGCUCAGGCCAAGGCACAAGUGACUUCUUAG